AUGCGCACUUUACUCUUUGAAAUUUCCUUUUUGCAGAGCUGUCGCAUAAUUAGAGAGGACAAAGGGCACCCAGGCAAGCGGAACGGGGCGUCACUGCGUAUGGCGGAUAAGGGGAAGCGACGCAGCCGCUCUCCACACGAGGGAGGUGGAGGGGCAGCAGAGAAAGGGAAGAAGAGGGUUAAACUGAGCUCAGCGGAAAUUAGGGAAAUGAGUAGAGACAAGAUCAUAUCAAGGUGGAAGGAGCAGGACUCGUAUAUCGACCACCUGUUGUCUCAGCUGGAGGCAGCCGGGGCCGAGGAGGUGGCCAAACUGAAGGAGAACGAGACAAGGCUGCAGCUGAGGGUACAGGAGGCGCAGCGCAGGGAGAAUGUUCUCAACAUGAGACUUGCCACCAAACAGCAGGAGACUCAAGAGAUCAUGUCUCAGCUGCACGACCUGAAGCAGGCGCAGUCCUCGGAGAGCUCCCAGCUCCACUCCCUGAUGGUAGACCCAGCUGUCAACGUGAUGUUCUCAUCCAUGAAGAAACAGCUCAAAGAGUACAAGGAGAAAGCUGGAGCAUGCUCAGAACGACCUCAGUGCAUGGAAAUUCACUCCCGACAGGUGGAGUGUAGCGACUUAGUUGUGACUGGUAAGAAGAUGAUGGCCAAGUGUCGCUCACUCAUACAAGAGAAUGCAGAACUGGGCAAACAGAUUUCCCAGGGUAGGGUGGCACAACUGGAGGCUGAAAUUGCUCUUCAAAAGAAGUGCAACCAGGAAAUUAAGACUGCUCAAGACGAACUGAAUGAGUUUGUGAUUCAGCUGGACGAGGAGGUGGACUCCAUGAUGUCAUUUGUCCUCUCUCUCCAGAACAAAGACUCCAGAGACUCCGCUGCCCCCACCACUCCGACACCUGUUCCCAUAGCAACCACCGUUACCAAGGCUACUGGUAACCAUGGCAACAGCGGCAGUGUCUCGUCAAAGGAGAGGACGUCCUCAUUGUCUAGCACUAGUCGACACAACGGACCGAUCGAAACUGCCCACGUUGUUGCCACGGCAACCUCGGCUAGCUCGGGAAAGUCUAGUGUGAGCAGGAGUUCAAAUAGCUAGUAGGGUGAUAAUUAAUGUUGAUGGGAGGGGCUUCCCUGUGAUGUUUUAUAUUGUGGUUGCCAUUGUCAGUGUCUUUCUGUCUUAAAUGUUGAAUAUGUGUAUAUUUUCUUCUCUAUAAUCUUGUAUAUAGUAUAUGCAGUGAUUGUCAAUCUUUUUCUCAAUGGCAUAAUAAUAUGAUAAGUUUGGUACACACCCCUUGUUCUGAAAGACAAUGGGUGGAAGCAAAAU